AUGGGGAAAGGAGAAGGGGAAAAUCAAACGUCCAUCACUGAGUUCAUCCUCCUAGGAUUUGGGAAUGUCCCAGAACUGCAGGUUCUUCUCCUGCUGCUUCCAGUGAUCUACGUGGUGACCGUGGCCGGGAACAUCCUCAUCAUUGUGCUAGUUGCCUCUGAUCAGCACCUUCACACCCCCAUGUACUUCUUCCUGGGGAACUUGUCCUGCUUAGAGACCUGCUACAUCUCCACCAUCCUGCCCAGGCUGCUGGCCAGUCUCCUGACGGGGAACAGAACCAUCUCACUUUCUUGUAAUGAUACUAACUUGGUCAUACUGGUGAGUUUCAUACUCUGCUCCAUAGAGGUGCUUUCCACAUUUAUAUUAACAGUAACAUCCUAUAUUUCAAUCAUCACCACCAUCCUGAGAAUCCCUUCCACCACCGGGAGGAAAAAAGCAUUUUCCACCUGCUCCUCUCACCUCAUGGUGGUGACAAUUUUCUUUGGGACCCUGAUCAUUGUCUAUAUGCUCCCAGACGUUGCUGUACUGAGAGACCUGAACAAAGCGCUUUCUGUCUUCUACACUGUCCUGACUCCCCUGGCCAAUCCCCUCAUCUACAGCCUGAGAAACAGAGAGGUCAAGGAAGCCAUGAGGAAAGUCAUCCAAACUAUGCGGCACUCACAAAAAUUCAGAUGGAUUGACCGAUAG